AUGCAAACGGCACUCAAGGCCAACCACAGCCACCCACCGGCCGUCCGGCCAAGCGUCGGAGGACCGACGACGGCAACCCAUCCACUUGCACCAGCGCACUCGCCUGGCAACGCUGCCGCUCUCGACUCCCAGCAGGACGGGGCUUGCGAUCCGAACCUGACCUACGGCCAGACAUACCAGCUUCCAGACGAAAUCACGGUCGAAUUUGUGGACGGGCUGAAUCUCCAGGAGGUUCUGGGGGGCCACGACGGUCAGAACCCCCAGGAUCAGGGCCAGGUCACGGGGCAACCACUUCCCAACCAGCUGAUCGACCCGCCGCUUCAGCAGGGCGGAGCUUACUAUCCGAACCCGGAUUACCCUCUGAUGUCCCGGGAAGACCAACUCUUAGACCAGCAGUUCGCCCAGUUCGUCCAGGAGGAGGAUCGUCGGGAGGGUUACGAUCAGACCCCCCAGGACCAAGGCCAAGUCACGGACCAAGUUUCAGAGGACCUGAUCGACCCGGAGAUUCUGAGGGACUGGAAGAAGACUACCCAGAGUCAAGACCAGGUCACGGGGCAACCACUUUCCAACGACCCCGCGCUUCAGCAGGACGGGGCUUGCGAUCUGAACCCGGAUCACCCUCAGCUCACGGAACAGCAGUUCGCCGAUUUCUACCAGAAGUAUCGCCUGGAGGGCUACGAUCAGGCUCCCCAGAACCAAGGCCAGGUCACGGAGCAACCGCUUCCCAACCAGCCGAACGACCCGGCGCCCCAGCAGGACGGGGCUGCCGACCCGAACCUGACCAACGAUGAGACUUACCAGCCUCAGGGCCAAGUCAUGGAGGGAGUGCCCGACGGGGUGGACCAUGCCAAGUUUCUCCGUGGCGUUAACUGGGCGGAGACGCUGUAUGGCCGCAGGCCCUAA